AUGAUAGCUAGUAGUGUCUUCGCCACCAUUGUGCUCGCCAAGGCGGCUAUGCGAGCGAGGUCUGCAAAGACAAAAAAAGAAACUUCACAACACUCCUUAUUAUUUGAAGACUGGAAUAUAAAUUUUAACUUACCCCCGAAGUUUAUUGUGAGGUGUGCUGUUUGUUGGCAUCGGAGAACCGCGAAAGGAUACUGGUGUCAAAACUGUGAAUCUCGUAGGUUCCGGGAAAAUUUUUCGACUUGGACGAGUGGAAAUAGAUUUAUUGAUGAGUUUAUCCAAGAGACACAACUAAAUUCUACUUGGUGGGCUGGUUAUUUAGAAUGGAUACCUUAUAAAAGAUUUCAGAAUGUUGAGUUUAUUGCUAAGGGAGGUUUUGGAAGCAUUUAUUCUGCACUUUGGAUCGAUGGGCCUAGAUGGGAAUAUGUCCCGAAUGGUGAAGGAUUCUUUGGAAGUAUGUGGAAAAGAAAAGGAGCAUGCAAGGUUGCAUUAAAAAUGCUGAAUGAUUCUAAAGAUAUUCGACCGGAAUUUUUACAUGAGCUCAGAGCUCAUUAUAAAUGUCUUUCUUCUGGACUAGUACUUACGUGCUAUGGUAUUACCCAACAUCCAGAUACCAAGGAUUAUAUGAUGGUUAUGGAUUACGCGAAGCAGGGCGAUCUUUCCCAUUUUUUGCGUAGUCAUAUGGUAAAUACAGACUGGUAUCGUAAAGUUCGCGAAUUAUGGUAUAUUGCUCAAGGAUUAAAAGCAAUUCAUGAAGCAGACUUAGUGCACAGAGAUUUUCAUAGUGGAAACAUCUUGUUUCACACAUUUACACGUCGACCUGCCAUCGGUGACUUGGGCUUAUGUAGACCCGUUAAAGAAGAAUUAUCAAAUUAUAAUUAUGCACAUGAUACUUCAUUGGCUUUGGAUAUUUCCAAGGGAUUAAGACCGGAAAUACUAGAAGGAACUCCUAGAAAGUAUGCAGAGAUAAUGAAACUUUGUUGGCACAAUGAUCCAGAAAGACGACCGAACUCAACCGAAUUAGUUAAAAAAUUAGAAAUGUUAAUGAAUGAUCAAGAGAUUAAUAACGGUGUUGUGCCUACUCUACAUAUUGAUGAGAAUUAUCAUCCUGAUGCUGUAUAUACAAGUAGGAUUUUACAAUUUCCAGAUUUGAAGAAUGAUAAAUCUAAUAUUACUGAUUCUAACUCUGAAGAUAUCGAAAACGAUACCAAUG